GGCCAGGCGUCCCGGCAUUCCUCUGGGGUGAAGUAAAGUUUGUGAUCGGCGGGGGUCUGGAGGAGAGGAUGACAUUUAAAUAGAUCGUCACUGCCAACCAAGGACACUCUAGUACAGGACCCAUUAGUCACAGCUAGGACUUAAGUCUGGUGUAAUAUUCUUCACGGGAGGAGACUUCAAGAAAAUCUCCAGUAUGAGCUGGCAGCAGUAUGUCGAUCAACAUUUGGUGGCGACUCAGUGCGUCACCAUGGCGGCGAUUUGUGGCCUGGACGGCAGCAUUUGGGCCAAAUCCAGCGGGCUGGAGCUGUCACAAGACGAAGUUGCCGCACUGGCGAGAUCCUUCAGCAAGGACGAGGUGUUAGCUGCAAAUGGGAUUAGAAUAGGAGGAACAAAGUACAUCUAUCUGAGUGGGGACGAUAAGCUGAUCAGGGGAAAGAAGGACAGGCAAGGAGUUCACAUAGUGAAAACUAAAACAGCUAUGGUGAUGGCGCUGUACGCAGAGCCGAUCCUGCCGGAGCAGUGCGCCGUGGUGGUAGAAAAACUCGGAGACUGGCUCAUUCAAAAUGAUCUUUGAUAUAGCCCUAAAAGUCUUCUUCUCUGUUGUAUGGAAUUGUAAAUUAACAUUACAAGUUCCUAAGUACUAGUAAUAAUAAACCGGUGUACAGUCGGACGUAAACAUGUCUGAAAUAAUGAUAGCCUUUGUAAGGUGGCAGCCAUUGAUGUAAAUGACCAUUUUGCAUGCAGUAGCUCGGAGAUAUUUUUACUGAGAAAAAGUUCUUAGAAGUGCCACGUGAAUUUGUCAUCUAAUGUUUUUCAAUGUAACAUUUGACAAUAGUCAUCAAUUCAUCGGUUUCAGCUACAUUCCAGGUGACUGUCUUCACUUUCAAGGUAGUUUGUAUUAAUCUAUUAGUCGGACGUGUUUCGUGUUAGACUAGGUUCAAUGGCCGAGCCAACAGAACUUCAAUCUUUCACUUUUCAAUAUCCUGAUUAGAGGGAUACAUGUAGGGAGUACUUGUUGGACAUCAUACACGGUUACCAACACUAGGCCUGGUCCAUUCGACACUGUCAGCCGAGACACAUUACAUUGUAUUCAUCUGUGUUAAUCCCAUAUGAUUAGGAGCCAUUUGUAACUCAUACUUAAAUAUGUUUAUUUAUUUAUUUAUUAAUACUGGUAUUCGACAUGGUGAGAAAUGAGAGUUGUCGUCAUGCUUCAGUUCCUGUUUAGUUUAUCGUGGAAGUCACACUUACCUGAUGAACUGAAUGAUUACUGGAUGUUAGAAGACCGCAUUUAGCCGAAGUGUAUAACUAUGGGUAAUAAAGAUUCAAUGUUAUGGUGA